AUGGAGACUAAAACUGCCGGAAUUAUUAUUAUAGGAGACGAAAUACUGAAAGGGCAAACUCAGAAGAAUCUGCGGGAGUUGGGAGUCCGUGUAAACAGGAUUAGUGUUAUCCCAGACGAUUUAUCGUCCAUCAGUGCAGAGGUUCGACAGUUCUCGUCCCAGUUUGAUUUCGUCCUCACGUCAGGGGGGAUUGGACCUACACAUGACGAUAUCACAUUUGAAGGAGUUGGGAACGCGUUUGACGAUAAGCUUAUUUUCAACCCUGACCUAGUUGACAAAUGUAAAAUAUGGUUUAAGAAAGAUGAUUUGAGUGAUCCCUGUUUUAAACUAGCAUAUAUUCCUUCUACUUCUAAGCUCAAUUACGGAUUCGAUUAUAACACAGGGAAACCUACUCUGUAUCCCUUGGUAUCUGUUAAUAAUGUCUACAUUUUUCCAGGUAUCCCACAGCUGUUAGAGCGCUCAUUUCGUAACCUUGGAUCAACCCUGUUCAAGGUCAACUUUAAGUUCAUCGCAGGAGAAAGCUUUAUCCAUCAAGACGAGCUUUCUCUCACGAACAGCAUAAACAAGUUGGUUUCUGAGUUCCCUGAGACAAGUUUUGGAUCGUAUCCGUCCUUAGUGAAUCAGUUCUACAAGACCAGGAUAUCCUACGAGUGCCCCUCAGAGGUUCAACUUAAUCAGAUAAGUGAGUAUAUAAGAACGAGGAUGCCCGUGGUUGAGUUUGACAAGGUCCCCCACGAAAACAGCAGGGAAAAGAUCAAUGAGCUGAUGAGCAGGACAGAGGAUACAGUGUUCAAGAAGAACCUGGAGCAGGCCUUAGAUAUCGUGGAGGAGUGCUUCAACAGAUAUAAUAGUGAAGAGGUGUCUGUUUGCUAUAAUGGUGGGAAGGAUUGUAUUGUGAUGCUGCAUCUUGUACAUGCUGUACAUCAGAGUAAGCACCCUGAGAAAAGACUAAACUCCUUGUAUAUACGUGAACAAAACACUUUCCAGGAGGUAGACACCUUUAUAACUGAAUCCAUCCUAAAGUACAAACUAGAGAAUAAGACAAUCAGUCAUCCUAUGAAAGCUGCUCUCAAGCAAUUGUUGGAAGAGGACAAGGACGUGAAGGCAACUGUCCUGGGGACAAGGGACGGAGACCCAGGAGCACAAUAUCAGGAUGCAUUCUCUCCUACUGAUGGAGACUGGCCGAGGAUAAUGAGAGUCAACCCUAUCCUUAAAUGGAGAUAUCAGGAUGUUUGGACUUUCCUUCGAGGAUUGAGUAUUCCUUAUCCGUCCUUGUAUGAUCAAGGGUAUACUAGUUUAGGAAACCCGGAGAAUACUCAACCCAACCCUGCUCUCAGGUUUUCUGAUGAGAAAGGUCUUGUGAGAUAUCAUCCUGCCUACUUGUUAGAGGACGGAUCUUUAGAACGUCAGGGUCGAACCAAGAAAUAAUAUUAUGAUUAUGAAACUAGGAUUAAGCUCAGCAUAUUACACAUAUUUUGUACGAGAGGACGGAUCUUUAGAACGUCAGGGUCGAACCAAGAAGAAGUGAUAUUGAAACUACUAAUUUAGUUCAACUUAUUACACAUAUUUUUGUACUACUUAUGUAAAUUAUGACUUGAAACUAGAUAAAUAAAUAAUGUAAGAGACUUUA